UAAUUUUUCUUCGGUAUAUGAACAAUAUUUAAAUUUGUAUUCCAGUAAAUUGGAAAAUGACACAGGUGUAUAAAUUUAUAAGAUUUUCCAACAAAUUUGUUAAACAGCACUACUAUAAUCAGUGUUCAAAUAUUGUGACAAAAUUGAAUUUUUCUUCUAAAAAUAAUCCAGCAAUUAUUUUAGGCAUAGAAACUAGUUGCGAUGAUACUGGUAUGGCAAUUGUUGAUAGUAAUGGCAAGAUUUUAGGCGAAGCUCUUAAUUCACAACUUCAUGUUCAUUUACCAGAAGGUGGAAUAGACCCUGCAGUUGCUCGAGAUUUGCAUUUACAAAAUAUUGAAAGUGUGUAUCAAGAAUGUUUAAAAUCUGCAAAUAUUGAUAUAAACAACGUUGAUGCAAUUGCGAUAACAUUAGAACCCGGUUUACCCUUAUCUUUAGUUGUUGGAAAAAAUUUUAGUUUAAAGUUAUCAAGCAAAUAUAAUAAACCAAUUAUUCCCGUUCAUCACAUGCAAGCUCAUGCAUUAACAGCAAGAUUAAAUGAAAAAGUGAAUUUUCCAUUUCUCGUUCUUCUUAUGUCAGGAGGCCAUUGUUCAAUAGUUCUUGCACAAUCUGUGAAUCAAUUUAAAUUACUUGGUGAAACUAUAGAUGCAACACCUGGUCAAUGUUUUGAUAAGGUUGCAAGAAGAUUAAAAUUAAUAAAUAUUUUUGAAUAUUCAAAUAUUAGUGGUGGAAAAGCCAUUGAAUUAGCUGCUAUGAAAGCAGAUAAUCCCGAUCAGUUUCACUUUCCUACACCUUUAGUGCAUUUCAGAAACUGUAAUUUUAGUUUUAGUUGUUUAACAAGUUCAAGCACAUAUCAUAUCGAUAAAGAGGAAGACAAAUAUAAUAUCAUAUUAGAUGAGAUAAUUCCAGGAGUAAAUAAUCUAUGUGCUGGACUUAUAAUGGCAACCAUAAAACAUAUUUGUACAAGGUUGGAAAGAGCAAUGCAAUUUGUUGAAAAUGAAAAACUUAUUCCUGAGAAUAAUAAAAUUUUGAUUAUUUCUGGUGGAGUGGCAUCAAAUAACCUUAUAGCUAAAGCUUUGGAUAUACUCUGUUUAGAAAGAGGAUUUAAAUUAAUUAGAACUCCUCCAAAUCUUUGUACAGACAAUGGAGUCAUGAUAGCAUGGAAUGGCAUAGAAAAAUAUAUGGCUAAUAUAGAAAUAAUAAGAAAUAGAGAUGAAAUAAAUAAACUUGAUAUUAAAGGAAAAUCACUUAUUGGCGAAGAUUGGUGUGAUAUUGUAAAAAGUAAAAAUAUAGAAAGGUAUCGUUUUAAAAUAAAAUUUAAUAAUUUACUAUCAUAG